AAAGACAACUAUAUUAUAUAGUUAAGUGUCUUGCUUAGGACAUUCUAGUAUUGUGUGGAAAAAAAAUAAAAUUUUUAAGCUAGUGUUUUUAUAAUUUGGAAAUUAUGGGAAGAGCUCCUUGUUGUGACAAAACCAAAGUUAAAAGAGGACCAUGGUCUCCUGAAGAAGACAACAUUCUGAAGAAGUAUCUUGAGAAAAAUGGCACUGGUGGCAAUUGGAUUGCUUUGCCUCAAAAAGCAGGUUUAAGAAGAUGUGGAAAGAGUUGCAGGCUAAGAUGGCUUAAUUAUCUUAGGCCAGACAUCAAACAUGGAGGGUUCACUGAGGAAGAAGAUAACAUUAUUUUAACUCUCUAUAGUCAAAUUGGAAGCAGGUGGUCAGUGAUAGCUGCAAAUCUACAAGGAAGGACAGAUAAUGAUGUGAAGAAUCAUUGGAAUACCAAGUUGAAGAAAAAGCAUUUGGUAACACAAAACAAUAAUCUUAGAGACAUCAACUACAAUUUCACCAACAAUAUUAAUUCUAGUGAUUUCAAUCACAAUUAUUCAAGAAAUUACUCUGGGAAAUUGGAUUAUUCUAAUACAUUCACAAGUCAUAUGGAUCCAAAUGUAACCAAUAAUUCAACUUGUGAUCAAUUCCCUCUUCCAACCUUGAUGGAAAUUCAAGAAAAUGAUGCAACAAUUCAAACAAUUGAAGAAGAUGGUUAUAAUCUAUGCUCCUUGGACUCGUGUCGGAUCCUCCAGAAAUGCGUUACUUUUGAAGAAUCUAACACAUAUCCGUCGAUGUUUUUGAAGAGGUCGAGCAACCUGGGCUAUAAUUGUAUGGAUUUGAGCUCUGGAAUUUCAUCAUCCUCAUCAUCAUCUUACUAUGAUGAUAUUCUUGAAAAUGGCUUUGAAUUUCAAGAAAAUGCUAUAGGAGGAGUUGAUCCAAAUUCUUCCUAUUACAAUAAUAUUCUUGAAAUUGAUCAACUUUUCAAAGGAUUUGAAAAUUAGCUAAGGGGCUAGCUAGAUUUAAUAUAAGAAAAUAACAUGAGGGACAAGUAGGUUUAUUUUACUAAGAUUUGCAUUUAAAUUUUUUUAUUUUAGGUCCCUAGCUACUAAUUUAGGUUUUUAGAUAACGUUGUAUGUAUAAUUGACUCUUAUUAGUCAAGAAUAUUGAAAUUAUCUUAUUCCAUCUACGAUGUGUAUUUUUAUUUACUUCUUAUCCUCUUUGUGAAUGAUGAUGACGACUAUUCAACUUAAAUUCUUGUUAUUAGAAAA